AUGACAUUGCAGGAUAGCUCUACUCAGUUAGCAGGCGAUUGGCGUAUGAAACGGGCGGAUAUGAAGCUGGAAAAACACAAUCAGUCCUGGAGUGUAUUAGGCUGGAGAUUUGUGGCCUACUUAAGGGAUUACUGUCAAAAUUGUAGUCUGGCAGGCUUUGCCUAUAUAGCCAAUCAUAAUUUACAUUUCACGGAGCGAAUUUUUUGGCUGCUAUGCAUUAUUGCUUCGACCAUAGGCGUUUAUAAUCUGAUCAGUCAAUAUCAGCGCGACUUCACCUCGCGCGCUGUCAGCAUAGUCCACGAGAGUCUAUCGCCAUUUGCGAUGCUAAAAUUUCCAUCGAUUACCGUUUGCGAAACGCGAUUUAAUACGGAUUUUCCGAAAAAUGUGGAAGAUUAUAUCCGGAGCUUGGGUACAGGCUUGAAUGAGCCCUACAACUGGGUGGUUGAGUCGUAUGUAUCCUUCAUAUUGUUUCCACAUCAGUAUGUGUCGGGCACAUUUUUGCGCUGUCAACCAUUCGAAAAUUGUGAAGAAUGCGCCAAGUGCCCCAAGAAAGAUUUUCGAAAGAUUGCCACAAGGUUUGGUUUCAAUUGCUCGGAUCUGUUUAUCAGUUGCAAAUUGUCGGAUAACACCUUCGACUGCUGCAACUACUUUCUGCCGAUGAUCACGCCGUACGGACGCUGUUUUCUGCUCAACUCACUUCAGAACAAUAAGCCCGAAUCGAAGCAUUGGCUGCCGGCCAUUUUGGAUCGGGGUAGCCAACCGGAAAUGAAACUGCAUCUGACACGCUCUGCUAUCAUUAAAGUGCUCAAUGAGGAGGAUGUCAUAACCACGGCGCUGCCAACUGUAGAAGUCACUGUGAGGGAGGGACAGCAAAAGACAUUACAGUUUCACAAGGAAGCCAUGGUGAAUGAUCCCAAUAUGAAGGAUAUUCCAGUAGCCGCCCGCGAUUGCUACUUUCCCGACGAGGUUACGCCAUGGAGCAUGUACAAGGCGUACAGUUUCAGUGCCUGCAUCAGCGACUGCUUGAGACUGUAUCAAUAUGAGCUGUGCAACUGCUCCGUGUACAAUUUUAUACCAUAUGAGAAUGAACGCUAUCCUGAUUGUGACCUUAAGGGCUACUUGUGUCUGGAAAGUUUUUCCCUGGUCCUGCAGGAUAUCAAAAGACUAUUCCGCGCUAGUUCACAGUCACUGCAUUGCCAUUGCCUGCCCUCCUGCACGGAGGGCGACUUGAAAGCCAUCUAUGAAGAUCAAACCAGCAUAAUUGCCAAUGUUAGGGAUACCAAUGUAACAAUUGUGAUGCCAGUGUGGCCCACGGAUCAAUAUCGCCGUCAGGUGCUUCGCACCAAACUGGAUGUCGUUGUAUCCAUUGGUGGCAUACUGGGUCUUUUUCUUGGCGCCAGCGUCCUGAGCGCCAUCGAGUUUGUCUACUACUUUACUAUGCGUGCUGGUAACAGUGCGCUGAUGACACGUAAGAAAUUGGUUAAGACAAAUGCUUAAUUGGCCGUCUGGCAAGCAGAUGCAGAAGCAUUCAAAUCGUUGUCGAAGUCUUAAAAAUUGCUUUAUCAUUUAAAGGAAAUUUGUGUUUUGCAGAAAGUAAGCUUUUUAAGAAUCAGUGUUUCAUCAUAUAUGCAUAAAAUAGUCUGUACGGAGACCAACGCUCCGCUCAAGCCGAAAGAACUUCAUCGAAAUUUAGCACGAAGAUGGUGUUAGGAUAUAUUCGCCACGCCAAACAUCAUAAGCAACCCAUUUGCAGAUACUGUGUGAAUUUGGUGUCUGAGCUGUCUAGUAUGCGAGAUGUCGCCCGUUCAAGACCAGUAGCUGCUGGUAAUAUUUAUAUU